AUGGGAUGUGGCUAUCCUAUCCUAGAGCCAAUUCGACCGACACGUCCGGUUUCCCAGACAAAUCCAAGUACUCACUUGUCGAAUCUGCCAGAUUCGCGGAGAUUGAACACAGUCGCACUUCUCGGGACUCAUGAUUCAGCAGCAUAUUCUGUGAGAGGUCGUUUAACGAACACCCAAGUGAUGAAUAUAACUGAACAAUUAGAAUUCGGCGUUCGCGUGUUUGAUAUGCGAGUUCGUCGCAAAAACAAUGAAUUUGCGAUGCAUCAUAAUUUCGUAUUCUUAAACCAAAUGUUUGAAGAUAUAUUAAAAGAGAUAAAAAUAUUUUUGAAAGCUCAUCGCCAAGAGCUAGUAAUAUUGCUAAUGCAAGAGGAGUAUGAAGCUGAAAAUUCAACUUUGAACGUAUCCUAA